UUCUACCUUUGUAGGACAAUAUGCACUUUGCUGUGGAGCUUUUAGCGGGAAGACAGGAAACAAACCCAAAUCCUCGGUAAAUUGCCAGCAAGCUGUUGCUAGGUAUCUAGCGCUAGCAGCAAAGCGUCGAAGUUAUGGCAGCAACAGGAGGUGCAGCUCCGGCAACGGAUGCUUCGCGGCCAUCGACGUCAGGAAACGCGAAUGCCAAGAAGUGCCUCGAGGACUUCUUUGGGCGACUGGAGGCGACCGUAAGGAAACGGCUGCGCGUGAAGCUUGGGGGCGUGCAAACCGUCGACUGGAGCAAAUUGUCAGCGGCCCUCAGUGCUGCCACGCCAAAGAUCAAGCCACCCAUCCUUCCCAGCAGCCGCACGUGGCGUACGGACCUUGCAGUGGAGAUGAAACCCGAAAUUAAGCAGCAGCUGCGAGAGGUCUUCAUCCGCUACUGCGGCUGGGGCGACAAGCAGAACUUCAUGUUCAUCAGCCGCUCGCAGUUCAUCCGCUUUGUGCGCGACAUGGGCAUGUGGAACGAUGAAAUCGACGCGCUGGGCCUCUCCGGCCUCUUCGACAAGAUCCUGCUGGGCUCCCUGGACCCGGGUGCCGCCUCCCGCCUGGCGCUGUCGGACUUCAUCCUGGCCGUCACGGGCCUGGGCACCAAGCUGUGCCCCUCAUCCAGCGUACAGGCGUCAUUCGACCAAGUGGUGAACCGCUUCAUCCUGCCGCACGUGCACCAGCCGCUGCCCGACCCCGACCCUAUCGACUCUGCGCUGCUGCACAUGGACAUCGUGGCCACCCUGGAGCGGCUGCGGCCCAAGCUGACGGUGCUGUGGGACACUUACAUCCAGCAGCAGCAGGGGGGCAGCGGACAUGACAGCCCCAGCACCUCGCUGUCGGGAUCGCCCAUACCCGAGCCGAGGGCUGAGAUCACGCUCAACAGCUUCCUUCGCCUCGCCUCCGACUUCGAGGUCACGGCCGUCGUGCUGAGCAAGGUGCAGCUCAUCCACUCCUUCAAGCGCUCCAAAUUCGGGGCGCCGCCCGAGCCCAUAGACUCCAACGUGCACACCAAGAUCCGCCUGAGCUUCCAAGAGUUCCUGGACUGUAUCGCGCGCUGCGCCAUGCUGGCAUUCGACUACAAGCCGCCGCCCACGGUGGUUCCCACGCUGGACUUCAAGGACUGCUACCGCACCACCGCCAAGCAGCUGUGGCUGCACGAGACGGCGGGCGGGAGUGCCAAGUUCGGCGGCAAUAACGAUGACGAGUCCGAGGUGGAGAUGCCGGCGGCGGUCAACUACGCCAUUGGGAACGAGGACUGGCCGCAGUAUGACGAGGUUAUGAGCCGCGCGCCCAGCAUGCGGAUCACCCACAGCGCAGGGGUGGGUGGCACCAGCAUCGGCCGUGACCGCCUCAUCUCCCGCGCCGUCAGCAUCGCGCAGGGGCGCACACGCACGCAGGGGGCGGACGGCAUGGAGAUGAUGCUCAUCCACUCGGAGCCCAGCACCAUGCUGCAGAAGGCCAGCAAGCCGGUACACCUGCAGGAGUUCAGCUGCGACUGGGUGGGGCGGCCAGGCCUGACGCUCAGCGAGACCGGCAAGCUGCGGAAACGUGUGACCGACCCAUGGAUCACCUCGGGCCUCUACCACACCCAAGUGGGUGUGGACCCACGGUUCGAGCAGCAUGCUGCUGACAUGCAGAUGGCGCGGCUGGUGCGGGAGCAGCACAUGGAGGCGCUGCAGCUGCACUACCAGGCGGCGCGGCGGCUGCAGAUACGGGAGACCACGCGCAAGGCGGCCGGACGGCGACAAGAGCUGGAGCUGCAGGCGGGGCAAACGUUGGCGCGGGUGAUGGAGUCGGGAGGGGCGUCGACGUCUGGGUCGCCUGGGACGGCAUACCGCUCGCGGCGAAGCGGCCCUGCAGAAGGAGGAGGUGCAGGAGGAGGAGGAAGGUCGGGUUCAGCGCCGGCAGGCGGGCGCCAGGACUGCGGGGGGUGCAUUGUGAUGGGGCUGGAGGAGGUGCUGAGCCGCACGGAGGGGCGGGGUGCUGACGCAGCAGGGCCCGGGCGGGGUGGCGCGGCUGCUGGGAGAAGUAAAACGUUGAUGGAGGAGCUGUCAGCGGCACUAGACGUUGAAUCGAAGUUGCCACACGCGAGCAUUGCUGGGCAUGGGCAAAUCCGGUUUGGGUGAGGCUAGGACACACGUGAGUUGCUCAGUGAAUUUCAUGUGAAUUCCGAUGAUGUAGAUAUGGCUUACAGUGCAGUGAGUGCAUGCUGUGAAAAGGCGCAGCGCCCUUGAGCGUUAGGAUUUAGUGCAGAGGUGGACUCCCUGACAGGUUACAUUGAACAUAGUUGACAAUAGCAGGCAUGGCAUGGCGCCUCCAGAUGGCGCUUCAGCGUGUGUUGACAAAACUGGCCGCGUGUGGUAUGCACAGGAU